GUCUUGUCUUGUGCGAGGUACUCCAGUCCAGUCGACCUAGCGCCAAGUUAAGGUCCGAAGACUCCGUCGUUUUGUUUUGCGUAGAACAAGUCCCCGCCUUUAACAAGUUGAAAACAAGGGGAGAAAAGUAAUGACGAAGUGAAAGCAGCAUUCAAUAUACAAUCCCCACAAACGCCUACCGUUGCUCCCCACCUCCUAAACCAACGCCUUAUCACGAUGAUGGAAAUGUAAGCAAGCUGCGGAGCAAUUAGUAAGGCAUCGCGAUGAGGAGGGCCAACUCUAAAAAGAAGCAGCAGAUCAAUCGUUCCCAGCGUGAGAAUGGCGAUCAGGGCAAGUCUUCUCCUUCUUCAUUGCUCAAGUUCGUGAAAGCCGCAGCUGGUAAGGUAGCCGGAGUCUUCACAAAUUUCCUCGGCCGACGACCGAGUGAUCGUUCCACCGCCGCCACCGUCAAUCUCGCUAGCAGGAGCACCAGCACCACCACGGGAUCUUAUUUCUCAAGCGAUCUGUCAAGGGUAAGCAACAGCAGCAAGAGCACCUCCAGAUUGAAGUCCUCCAGUUCUUACGGAUCCUACAGUACUAGUACUAUAAGCGGAGGAGGAGGAGGUGUGUUUGGGACGCAGACUUACUCCCUUCAAGAGAUUGUUAAGGCUACCGACAAGUUCUCUGCGGCUAACAAGAUUGGAGAAGGUAGCUUUGGCACUGUGUACAAGGGAAGGCUCAGUGAUGGGUCUCUCGUUGCCGUCAAGCGAGGCAAAAAGAAUUCCCAGGACAAGCGUUUGACAACGGAGUUCAGAAACGAGAUACUGACACUAUCUAAGAUCGAGCAUCUGAAUCUAGUGAGACUGUACGGUUAUGUCGAGCACGAAGAUGAGCAGAUUCUCUUGGUCGAAUAUGUCAACAAUGGAAACCUUCGAGAGCAUCUCGACAAUAGAAGAGGAACUGUACUCGAAAUUGCUGAACGUCUAGACGUUGCCAUUGAUGUGGCACACGCAAUUACCUAUCUUCACAUGUACACUGAUCGCGCAAUCAUCCACAGAGACAUAAAAGCAUCAAACAUACUCCUCACCGACAAACUUCGAGCCAAAGUUGCAGACUUUGGGUUUGCAAGGUUGGCUGCUGAAGAUUCUAAAGACACCCACAUCUCAACGCAGAUCAAAGGCACGACGGGCUACUUAGACCCUGAAUACCUCCGAACAUAUACGCUCACCGAAAAGAGCGACGUCUUCUCCUUUGGUGUCCUCCUCGUUGAGCUGGUCACAGGGCGACAGCCAAUCGACCAGAAGAGAUCAGUAAAAGAGAAGGUCACGAUCAAAUGGGCAAUGCAGAGACUCAGAGGCGGUGAUGCGAUUAUGGUGAUGGAUCCGAUCCUGAGGAGGAACCCGGCAUCGAACCGGGCAGCAGAGGAAGUCCUGAAACUGGCCCAGAAGUGUCUGGCUACAAUGAGACAGUCACGGCCUUCCAUGAAGGAAUGCGCAGAGGUGUUGUGGAGAAUCCGCAAGGAGUUUAGAGAAGCAGCUGCUCUGCAUUCUUCUUCUGCCUCUGCUGCUGCUCCUCCUCCGUUCCAGUCUGCAGAUUACCCCAGGAGGUACCCGGACGAGACGCGGAGAACAACGUUUGGGAUCGAAGAUCAUGGUGACAACCCCAGGUUCAUCUCUGCUUGAGAAUGAAACCAGGAGAAAAGGGUGAAAAGAAUUUUAGUUAGGUCGAGAAAACGGAGUAAAAUCUUGUACAUUCUUUGUUACGGUUUGUUUGUUUGUUUCCAAAUCCUUCUCCUCUGCCACAAAAUUAGCCCUCUCUCUACCCCUGAAACUUGCCACGAUUGAUUGAUGUCUGAGACUGCAAAUUCCAAGAGUAGACUCCUUCCUUGUUUAUAUAUAUUCUUUGGCUCUGGAAAUUUGGUCAUUAUUUCGUUCAAUUAUCGUCGGGAUAGCUGUUUGAAUGAGUUAUGGCCAUCCACGUUGAGGCUCGGGAUCGGGGAAGCCAUAGCCAUGCCGUGGCGGGCGCCUCGCUCUUCGAUGCAGCCACUGCACGUGUUCUCUCCUCCCUCAACGUCGUCUUCUUCGCAGAGAUCGCACAGCGAAAAGCGCAGAUGGAAACGGGAACGAACCCACCCCACUUGCACAGUCAGUCGCGUGGAGCUCACCUUCUUCUGCAGUACCACCGUGCUGUUUUUUGUUUGUUUCUCGGGAAAGAAAAUAUCGGGGCUCUU